UGUGUGUGCGUGUGCAUGUGUGUGUGUUUGUGUGUGUGUGGUGGGGGAAACGGGUUGCGGCUCGCGCCCUAUAAAGGCGGCAGCACUCGAAGUAGCCCUUACAGACCCUGGCCCCGCUUCUCUUCCCAGAUCAAGGCAUUGCAGGCAGGACGUGACUGCAGCCGACCCCAGCCCCUUUGGCCCCGCCGCGUCAGCCCAGCCAUGACUCCCCUCUGGGCCCUCUUCCUAGCACUUGUAGCAGUCACUCAUGCUGAGACUCCGGGGUGCAAGAUCCGGGUAACAUCUAAAGCCCUGGAGCUGGUAAAGCAAGAAGGACUGAAGUUCCUGGAACAGGAGCUAGAAACCAUUACCAUCCCAGACCUGCGGGGCAGCGAGGGCCCAUUCUCUUACAACAUCUCUGAGGUGAAGGUGGCCAAAUUGCAGCUGGUCCAAUCAGAACUGUACUUCCAGCCAACCCGUGAUCUGAUCUUGUACAUCAGCAAUGCCUCCAUCAGCCUUCGCUUCCGGAGACAGCUGCUCUACUGGUUCCUUUAUGAUGGGGGCUAUGUUGAUGCUUCGGCUGAAGGUGUGUCUAUCCACACAGCCCUGCAGUUGGCCAGAGACCCUGGUGGGCGAAUUAAAGUUUCCAACGUCUCCUGUGGAGCCUCUGUCUCCAAGAUGCAAGCUGCCUUCGGGGGGACCUUCAAGAAGGUCUAUGAUUUCCUCUCCACUUUCAUCAUCUCAGGCAUGCGUUUCCUUCUCAACCAACAGAUCUGUCCUGUGCUGCACCAUGCAGGGCUGGUCCUGCUCAAUUCCCUUCUGGGCACAGUCCCUGUACGCAGUACAGUGGACCAGUAUGUUGGCAUUGACUAUUCCCUCCUGAGCGAUCCAGUGACCUCGGCCAGCAAUCUGGACAUGAACUUCCGGGGAGCCUUCUUCCCUCUGGUGGAGGCCAACACCAGCUUCCCUAACCGGGCUGUGGAGCCUCAACUGCAGGAAGAGGAAAGGAUGGUCUAUGUGGCUUUCUCCGAGUUCUUCUUUGACUCUGCUAUGGACAGUUACUUUCGAGCUGGCGUAUUCCGGUUGGAGCUUGUUGGGGACAAGGUGCCUAAAGACCUAGACAUGGUACUGAGGGCCACUUUCUUCGGGAGCAUCAUUUUGUUGAGUCCAGCAGUGAUAGAUGCACCUCUAAAGCUGGAGCUGCAGGUCCUUGCACCGCCUCGAUGCACCAUUAAGCCUUCAGGCACCACCAUCUCUGUCACUGCUAGCCUCGUCAUUGCCCUGGCACCGCCUGACCAGCCUCAAGUGCAGCUGUCCAGCAUGACCAUGGAUGCCCGUCUCAGUGCAAAAAUGGCUCUUCGGGGAAAGGCACUUCAGGCCCAGAUGGAUUUACGCAGGUUUCGAAUCUAUUCAAACCAGUCUGCCUUGGAGUCCCUGGCACUGAUUCCCCUGCAGGCACCACUGAAGACACUGCUACAGAUUGCGGUGAUGCCCCUGCUCAAUGAGCGAACCAAGCGUGGGGUGCAGAUACCACUCCCUGAAGGAAUUGACUUUGUCAAAGAGGUGGUGACCAACCAGGCAGGAUUCCUGACCAUUGGGGCUGAUCUUCAUUUCACCAAAGGUCUUCGAGAGGUGAUUGAAAAGAACCGGCCAUCUGGUGACCUCGAGCCCACUUCCUCUCCACCUCAACCUGUUGCCCCUGCCUCCUGAACAGGCUUCUGGGAGGUUGUCAUUCAUUCAUUCAAGCAAGUCCAGUCUUUUAUUCAUGAAGUUCAACCUCCCUUUUUUCUCUUUUUCAAACCGUAUGGAACCAAUCCCCACCCCUUUAAUAAAGCCCUCCCUGUCCCCAGUCAGGCACCAGAGACAGAAGUGGGCUAUGGACCAUUUAUUCCCAUAGUCAAGCCCUGCCCUCUCCCCUCUCCCCCAACUCUAGCUCCUACAGAGGGGACGUAUGCAUAGUCCUGAGCUCCAUGUUAGCUACGGAACAGUGCAUGGUGACUGCAUGCAGGGGGUCCUCUAGUACCCCCCCCCAAAAAAAGGUCUACCCUUAAGAAUAAAAACCAGGGUCAACUCA